AUGAACACCGAGGAGCAGUAUUACGCCUCGGCGCAGCUCUACAAGGAGUCGUGUGCGUUUCAGAGAGCCCAAGCGCAGGACUACAACCCCAGCCCCCCCGCCUGUCUGUACAUGGGCAGGCAGCAACAGACUCCUUAUUCCAGCGCCUUAGGGGCUCUCGAGCAAGGCAGCCCGCCAGACAUUUCACCUUACGAGGUGCCCCCCAUCACUGAGGAUGCCGGGGUCUCCCACCUGCAUCACCAUCACCACCACCACCCUCAUCUUCCUCCUCCCCACCAGGACGCGCUGCCUUUCACAGACGGGGCGGACACGGGGGCUAUAGAGGAGCCCCGAGUGCAGGUGCCUUUCGCCUGGAUGAAGUCCACCAAAUCGCACGCCUGGAAGGGACAGUGGACCGGGGGAUCCUACAUGGUGGAACCGGAGGAGAACAAGCGGACGAGGACGGCGUACACGCGGGCGCAGCUGCUGGAGCUGGAGAAGGAGUUUCUCUUCAACAAAUACAUCUCCAGGCCGCGGCGGGUGGAGCUGGCUGUCAUGUUGAACUUGACCGAGAGGCACAUCAAGAUCUGGUUCCAGAACCGGAGGAUGAAGUGGAAGAAAGAAGAAGACAAAAAGCGAGGGGCGGGCAACAGCAAUGACCCCGAGCAAGACUGCGUGGUGUCCUCCGGGGAGCUCCAGACCAAGGAGGAUCUCCAGGCAUGCCCAGCCGGGAACCUUCCCUCGGGAGCCUCCAGGGACCUUCUCGCCCCCAGCCUAGUCCCCAGAAGGCAGCAGGACUCUCGGUGA